CAAAGACCAGCUGGCACACUUUGUCUUAUUGUCGCUAUAAAUUUCAAAUUCUCGAUCGUCAUUCAAACUUCCCUUCUGUCGAUCAUCAUGCCUGGAGCCAAAGGGCGCAAACCGCCGCCUCCUCUGCCUCCUCUGCCUCCUCUUCCUCCAGUUCCACCCAAAACAACCCCGACCGGAUUUGAGCCGAAAGAAUCUUUGGAUAAAGACGAACCUGCUCCUGAAGGCUGUAUCUUGUAUGCUCAUUCAAAUUCGAAUCCUCCUGAUCCAUGCCCAUAUCACUACAAGCCCGUCUAUUACUUCUUCUAUGAUGGUCUCAGGAACCCGACCGUACUCCAAGUGGUCCUUGAAGCCUCAGAACCCCCCAAGCUACGAGAUGCCAAAGUCCUUGGAUACUCACUUGCACCACGGGGUCGUUACACGUCACUCAUCGAAGGUCAAUCUGGGUCGGGGGUUUUGGGGCGGGCGGUUCAAGUGCAAUCUGCUGAAGAGGAAUACAAGCUCGGGUGGUACCAAACCAGCGCAUACAUUCUUGCGCCAUGUUUGAUACAGUUCAUAGAUGGUGGAGAGCCGAGAGAAGUUGCGGGAUUGGGCAUGGAAGUCUCAGAUGGGAACUCGACUCCCGCGAAAUUGGCAAAGAAGCGCAUUGGAGCCGAGCUCGUAGUGUUCUAG